AUGGAUCGCGAUCAAGCGCUGCGGCGACUUCAGGUUUACGGUCGCCAUAUCGCACCCGCCUAUUCGACCCCUCCAGAAACCACCAAUAACGAGGCUGCUAACAACGAGUCCCAGCUGAACCUGCAACCCUGCAGUAACAACAGCGAUCGCAGCGGCGCGACCGGCGUGUAUGCUUCAGCCACAGGAAAGCCGUCUAAGUAUGCGUUAAUGCACGGCGAGGUGUCGAGCGCGCCGGUAGUGUGGCAGCCGGGUCGCAUCGAGGGGCCUCCGCUCCAAGACGUUCUUUACGAGACGGCCGUUGGAGAGGGGAUCGCCAAGAUCACGAUCAACCGACCCGAGAGGAGGAACGCUUUCCGGCCGGAAACGGUGAAGGAGCUGAAGCGCGCGUUCGACGCUGCGAGGGACGAUGUGACCGUUGGAGUGAUCAUCUUCACCGGCAAGGGGGACCUGUCAUUCUGCAGCGGCGGAGACCAGGCUGUGAGGGGCAAGCACGGAUACGUCGGGGGCGACCAGGUGCCGCGCCUCAACGUGCUGGACCUGCAGGUUCAGAUUCGGCGGACUCCCAAGCCAGUAAUCGCCAUGGUUGCAGGGUACGCCAUAGGAGGAGGCCACGUGCUGCAUCUGGUGUGUGACAUCACCAUUGCUGCUGACAACGCUGUGUUCGGUCAGACCGGCCCCAAGGUGGGCAGCUUCGAUGCGGGGUACGGCAGCUCUAUCAUGUCUCGCCUUGUGGGUCCCAAGAAGGCGAGGGAGAUCUGGUUCCUGGCCAGGCACUACACGGCCACACAGGCACUCGACAUGGGGCUUAUUAAUACCGUUGUGCCGCUGGCGAACUUGGAGCAGGAGACAGUUAAGUGGUGCCGGGAGAUCCUAAGGAACAGCCCCACGGCGCUGAGGGUGCUCAAGUCGGCAAUCAAUGCAGUGGAUGACGGCACCGCUGGCUUGCAGGAGCUGGCUGGAAAUGCAACGCUGAUUUUCUACAACACUCCGGAAGCAGUGGAAGGCCGUGAGUCAUACUUGAGCGGGCGUGCACCGGAUUUUUCCAAGUUCCCACGGCUUCCAUAG